AUGAAGAGGCAACGCCAACACGAUGGAAAUCUUUCGGCUCCAUCCAAUGAUAACGAUGAUGAUAUCAUCUUUUCAUCAUCGCAAACUCAUUCAAUAAAACAAAGGAUACCUCUUCUUCGAAAUGAAGCAACUACUCGAACAGCGUCGGUAUCAUCAGAAAUAUUCUCUUCAUCGUUGCCAUCUUCCUCUUCUUCAGCUUUGAAGGAUCAUCCUGUUGCUGAUACUUCAAAGCCUUUAUUGUCAAAAACUAAAUUGUUGCAAAAGAGAAAUACAUUGAGUCCUACAACAUCGGCUUACUUGUCCAAUAACAAGGAAAAUCUAUUUCAAAACAAGAAGAAUAAUUCUUCAACUCUCUCCAUAACUGCUUCUUUCCAUACGACUCCAAGUUCAUACUCUCCUUUAGAGAAGAAGGUAAAAGUAUCUCAUCACUCCCGAAGUCAUACUUUGGCUUGCUACACAGAGAAUUUGAUAAAGACCUCAUGCUCUCCAUUGAUCUCACCCCAUAGAAGAAUCAAGAACAGUUUUGAAGAUGAGUCUUCUUCCAUCACGACACAACCAUGCGACUCAACGAAGAAUAAUACCCUCUACAAUAGUAGUAUCACUCAGAACCAUGAGGAGGUCCACAAUGAAAAAUUCCAACAUGAAGAACAUAACCUCGCAGCAGCCGAACCACGCUCACCAUCAACCUCUUCUUCUACAUUUCUAACGAAUGUUUCCACCUCAACAGCACCAAAGAAUGAGCAUCAUACGACACCAACUCGAGUGUUGGAUUUUGGGAGUUGCCUCACUCAUAGUCCAUCUUCAUUGUCGCUUGGUAAUGAUGAUCAUUCAACGCCUUACUUGAAUUCAUCACUGACUCAUUCAGAAGCAUGUGUGUCAUCUCUUUCUGAUCCGUUCAGUCGACCCAUGAUGAUGAUGAGAACCUCGACUCCUAAUAAGAAUGAAAAUUUUCAACGAACAUUAUUUGAUCAUGAAGACAGUCAAUCGGAUACAGGUUCUGUCAGCCUCAAUAACAGUACGAUGGAAAGUAGAUUUAUUCUUACUCCACCUUCCUGUUUGAGUUCAACCAAUACAAACAAUGUAUGGACGAGUGCAUCUAUGAAUGAACUUUCAUCUCCCAACGUGUUUGGAAGUGCAAAUCGCUCCCUUAAGACAUUUCAUUCGAGUCUUUCCGUCUGUAGAAAUUUAAAGUUUGAUGAAUGCAUCAGUAGUAGCAAUAAUAGCAGUAGCAGUAGUAGUAGUAGCAAUAUAGGUAUGACCAUGGCCACUACAAGCAUCAAGAAUGAUUGUUGGGAAGAAGAUUUCGAUGCACUCACACCUUCAUUGGUCAUCAAUAAGAGAAUGUCAUGUACUGAACAAACACAACAUACCUUACUCUCACCUUUAGUUCAUCAAUGUUCGAUUCAUUCACCAAAGAGUUGCCUUUCACGAAAAUCCAAGAAGGAAAACUCCACAACUAGAAAGAAAGCUAGUUUUGUUCCAAAACCAAAUCUUGUAUUACCUACAAAUUCAAGCUUUGAAGAUGUUGAUGAUGAUGACUCGGAUUUGCCACUCAUUUCUCCUCUCUUAAUGAAUUCCAAUGAUGAUGUCUUUGGUAUGGAAGCUUCAGAGCAUGACUCGAACAGACUUCUCUCCUUUUCAGAGUCUUCGAGAAGAUUAAUGAUUGGAUUUGGAGAGGUUGAAUUGGCACAAUCUCAAGUUCCUGCAACCAGUUGCAGUGCCACGACACCAGUCUCUACUAAUUCUCCAAGCGAAUCAUCAGCCACCUCCUCUUCUUCUUCUUCUUGCACUGGUAGUAGUAGCAGUCGCGCCAGUACUUGUAGCCUUGAUAGUGUGCAAACACCUCAAGAUGUUGAUGACGUAUCAUCAUCCACUCUCGUACCUUCAUUAUUUACUGCUCAAGAUGAAUUAAUGUUGGAGAUUAUACCUCAACCAAAGAUUACAGGCUGUCAAUGUAUUGAUUCAAAAACUCUACUGAAUGCCAUGAAUAAUCCAACUCUUUCUGUAACAAUUAUUGAUUGUAGAUUCUCUUAUGAAUACAAUGGUGGACAUAUUCAAGGUGCCAUUAAUAUUUCAACACCACAAGAAUUAAUAGCUCGAUAUUUUGCAUCGAAUCAGGAUCAAUUGCAAGAUACAACCAAACAAAUUAUUGUAUUCCAUUACUUUCUGUCAACCAAGACAAUACGUGCCAAUGGAUUGUAA